CAGCUCUUUGGGCUCGCGGUCCCUGUUUGAAGCGUGCCGGUCCUGCCGUUGGGCUUUCCAGACAAGGAUGGCAGUGGCUGCCAAGGCUGUGGGCCCAUCAUGUCCUCCCCUUCUGUGACACCAUCGCCAGGUCACAGAGCACCAGGCACCACCAGUGCAGAGGGGCCAAAUUUGCACCCAGCUGCUUCCUGGGGCCUGACCUUCAAGGAAGGCGGCCUGCACGGAGGCUCCUUGGAGGAUCAGAUGGAGUUCCUGGGCACCACCCAGACGGCCAGUUACUGCGGGCCUCGGAAAAGCUGCCUCCUCCCAGAGGUGGCUCCGACCAGCCUCAGUCAGGACAGCUACCAGGCCUAUUACCUGCCAGGUUACCGCUACCUGAGUUCAUGGCGGCCCAGCUUGUUCUACAAAGUGUCUUCCUUCCGGCCCAAUGAUGAGGGCGGUGGGCGCCUCUGCCCCUCGCUACGGCCGCCCACCGUCCUGCCUGCAAUGAGGUCAGCCUUGUAUGCCCGGUACAGCCCCCAAGACUGGUACAAAGCCAACGCCAACCAGAUUAAAGGGUCAGAGGCUUACCGGCACUGGGCUGGCAAGCUGAGUGCUGACUCCACGCGGCUCAUUCAGGACAAGGACCAGCUGACUCGGCGGCAGCAGGAGGAUUCUGGGAAGAACCUCGGGCAGAGGCUAGCCGACAUUGAUUUCUGGAAGUCCGAGCUGACCUAUGAGCUGGAACGGCUGCUGACCGACACGCGGGCCCUGGACACGGCCAAGAGGCGGCUGGAGUGUGCUGCGGAUGAAGUCCAGGGACCCUUGCAGGUCGCUUUGGAGUGUUUAUACAAUCGGGAGAAACGGAUGGGGAUUGACUUGGUCCAUGACAGCGUGGAGAAGCAUCUCAUACAGGAGGUUGAUCUGAUCAGAGCGUGCCAAGAAAAAAUGAGGAAGCUUGCAGAAAGAAUGGAACAGCAAUUGAACAUUAACAGAGAUGCUCAGCAUGCCCUUGAAAGGGAUCUCGGCGAUAAAAACUCAGCCCAUUUCAUUGAUGAAAAAUGCUAUAAUCUGAGGAAUACUUCCGACAGCAUUAACUUCUACCAUGGAGUGGAAAAGAUUGAUGGAACAAUCUCAGUUCCUGAAACAUGGGCAAAGUUCAGUGAUGACAACAUUCGGUAUUCCCAGAAUGCCCGGGCCAACUCCGCCACCCUCUGCAGUGAAGCAGAUCAUACGCUAGAGACCACUUCGGAUGACAUGUGGCGGCAGUGGACAGACACCAACUUGGCCUUCGAUGCCCGGAUCUCAGAAACAGCGGAUGCAAAGAACCAGCUGCAAGCACAGCUGGCCAAGACACUCCAAGAAAUCUUCCAGACGGAGAACACGAUCAUGUUGCUGGAAAGGGCCAUUAUGGCCAAGGAAUGCCCCCUCAAGGUGGCUCAGACUCGCCUAGAAGCAAGGACGUGGAGGCCCAACAUGGAGCUCUGCCGGGAUGUCCCACAGUUCAAGCUGGUGAAUGAAGUCUUCACCAUCGACGACACCCUGCAGACCCUCAAACUCCGCCUGCGCGAGGCUCAGGACACCCUCCAGCUGCUGAUCCUCAACAAGGCCAGGCUGGAGCACGACCUCCUGGUGAAGGCCAACUCCCUCUUCAUCGACAAGGAGAAAUGCAUGGGGAUGCGCAAGACCUUCCCCAGCACCCCUCGCCUGGUCGGCUACACCUGAGCGGCCCGGGAGGGCGCCUCGGCUUCCUUGAUCCUGUUGACAUGACAUAAAAGAUGGCCGAUCAAGGGA